AUGGUUUACUAUUUCACCUCUAACACGGUGUCGCCGUCGGCGUAUGUCUAUGUUGGUAAAGACAAGGUCGAAAAUGAGGAUUUAAUCGCAUACGGAGUUGAGGAAGACGUUUGGGUAAGUCUAAUCUCCUUCCACGUCGACAAUCUCUCAUCCGCCCAUAUCUACCUCCGCCUCUCCGAAACCCAAUCAUGGGAAUCCAUCCCGCAAGACCUCCUCACUGAUCUUGCUCAACUCACUAAAGCAAACUCCAUCGAAGGCAAGCUAAAUCCCCAUGACUUAUUCAACCACGUGACUAACCUCUUUUCAGGAAACAAGAAAGACAAUGUCACCAUCAUCUACACGCCAUGGAGCAACCUGAAGAAAGACGGCUCCAUGGCCACCGGCCAAGUCAGCUUUCACGACAACAAGAAGGUGAAGAAGAUCCUCGUGCCAACACGCAUUAACGCCAUCAUCAACCGUCUGAACAAGACCAAGGUGGAGAAGUUCCCCGACUUCGCCGCCGAGCGCGACGAGAUCAUGAAGGCGAAGAGCAAGAAGAACCAGGCGGGCGUGCAGGCGCGGAAGAAGGAAGAGGCGCGCAUUGCGAAGGAGAGGAGGGAGUUGAAGUACCAAAAGGAGCAUGCCUAUGAUGAUGUUUUCACGGAGGAGGCGCUGGAGGCGAGCAGCAACCAGAACAGAGAUGAUGAUUACUUGUCAGACUUUAUGUAG